AUGGAUAUGAUUCUUUAUUGGGGGGAUUGCUUAUUAUUCUAUAAGCUAAAAGGGAAAGGAGGGUUGGACGAGGGAAGUUCUUCGAAAGUCCAGUUUUGUGGAUGGGUUUCGAAGAGGAUAAUGAGAUUACUUUCUAAAUUUGCCAGAAAAAGUACUCUCAUCACAGAUUCUGACAACAAACCACCCUUUGUCACCCCCUACAUAACACAUAUACUAUCCUUAUUGUUAGGCAUAUUAGAGAGCUAUAACUUGAAAAAAAAAAAAAAAAACGUGCCUAUGAAACUCCAAAAAUCUCUUCAAGAAUAUCUCUCUAAGAUCAAAAAACAAACUCCAAAUUUUCAAUUUUCUCCUAGUUCUUUUUCCUCCACCACUAGCAAGAUCUUAGCGGGGUGUAAGCACCCCGCCAAGAACUUUUCCUUCAAGGGUGAACGAAAGGGUAGUCAAAAAAGUCAUCUUGAUGAUCAAUUACAUAAUAAGGAGGCGGCCGCCACAUUGGAGGAUAUUGAUAGGUUCUUGAUUGAGAAUUUUAAGUCAUUAUAUGGUGAAGAUCAUGGAAAUAAUAACGACGAUAAUUAUGAAUUCAUACGUGAGAACGAAAAAUUAAAAGGAUUCUUUACUCCCCCACCUGAUCUUUGUGGGUCCCACCGUUUUUUUGUUUCUCCCGUCUCUUCUAGCUCUUUGCUUGAGGAGGCUAGGCUAAGUGGCUUGGCAACCACCUCAACAUCUGAGGAUGCAAGAUCAACCUUAAUAUCUUUAGGAAAUAAUCGCGGUUACAUCAAGGAUGACACCCUAGCGACUCCACCUGGGAUAGAAGAUUGCAUUGCGCUACUAACGGUGUCUCCGACUCCGUACGAGGAUUUUAGAAGGUCCAUGCAAGAGAUGUUGGAUGCUAGGAUUAAUUCCAAGCAAAGAGUAGAUUGGGAUUUCUUGGAAGAAUUACUAUUUUGUUAUUUGAGGUUGAAUGAGAAGAAACAAUAUAAAUACAUUAUUAGUGCAUUUGUGGAUUUGAUUGUGGUUUUACGUCAAAAUUCGAGCAAUAGAGGGCCGGUUGGGUCACCUUUUAAAAAGAGAUUACAGUUAUUAUCAGUCAUCAAUUCAGUAUUUUGUACAAGUCAGAGUUCAGAGAGAAAGAUAGCAGAUAGAUCAUACUCGUGA